AUGGCGCUGUGCGCGCGCCGGGCGCUGUGCGCGCUCUGGCUGUGGGCCUGCGCGGCGCGCGCCUCCGAGAUCACCUUCGAGCUGCCCGACAACGCCAAGCAGUGCUUCUACGAGGAGGUGGCGCGCGGCACCAAGUGCACCCUCGAGUUCCAGGUGAUCACUGGAGGUCAUUAUGAUGUUGACUGUCGGUUGGAAGAUCCUGACGGCAUUGUAUUGUACAAAGAGAUGAAGAAGCAAUAUGAUAGUUUCACGUUUACUGCAUCCAGAAACGGAACAUACAAAUUCUGCUUCAGCAAUGAGUUCUCUACUUUCACACACAAAACUGUGUACUUUGAUUUUCAAGUUGGAGAAGACCCUCCUCUGUUUCCUAGUGAAAACAGAGUAACUGCGCUUACUCAGAUGGAGUCUGCAUGUGUGUCAAUUCACGAAGCUCUGAAGUCCGUCAUUGAUUAUCAGACUCACUUCCGUCUGAGAGAAGCACAAGGCCGCAGCAGAGCGGAGGAUCUCAACACCAGAGUCGCCUACUGGUCCAUAGGGGAAGCCAUCAUCCUGCUGGUCGUGAGCAUCGGGCAGGUGUUUCUCCUCAAAAGCUUCUUCUCAGAUAAAAGAACCACGACAACCCGGGUUGGGUCCGGGGGGAAGGGGGAACACGUGCCCGCGCCCCCGCCGCCGCCGCGCGCCCCAUGGCGGCCUCGCGCGUGCCUUAAAGGAGCCGCUUCCUCGCAAGUUGUGCGGACCUGGAGUGAGUGGAAGGAGUUAAGGCGAGCGUGCCUGGGAAGAAAAAGAGAUGUUAAUCACAUCAGCAGCUCAUUACUGGAUGUGUUUGUCAUAAUGGGCAGUGCUAAUUCCAAACCAGCGGUUUCACAAAAUAGCAGCAAAAAGUCUAAGAAAAUGAGUACAGGUCAGAGAGACUCCAAGCAAGUUAAUGAAUUGUGUGGCCUCUCUGCUGAAAUCAAGGAGUCUGCAAGCAGAUCUCCAGGAGUUGGCAGCAGUAAUGAGAAUAUUGAGGGUGUUUUCUAUAAGUUUGUGAUUCUGCAUGCUGAGAAUGAUGUAGAUGAAGCCAUCCGGAUCCAGAACCUGCUGCAGAAUAAAUUUUGUAUUAAACCUGGAAUAAUCUUUGCUGAGAUGCCUUGUGGUAAACAUAUUUUGGAAAAUUUAAGUGAUGCUGUGAAUGGCUCGGCUUGGACUAUUAUCCUGCUGACAGAAGGUUUUCUGAAUGGUCCUUGGUGUGAGUUUCAGUCUUACACCUGCCUUGCCAAUGCUCUUAACAAAGAGCAUAAGUACAACACUGUGAUACCUGUGAGACCGCUGAAUAACCCACUUCCCCGGGAGAAGACUCCCUUUAUCUUACAAGCCAUUAAUGCCCUGGAAGAAGAGAGUCCUGCCUUUGCAAAACAAGUGGAGAGAAUUUUCCAGGACUCUACAUACAGGCAACAGAGAGAGAUAUGGAGGAGGGAAAGAAUGAAAGAGAAACCAGAGCACUUAUGAUGGUGGAAAGAAGCUAUGCAAAGACAGGUGAUAUCAGAGCAAAGCAGAAGUGAUAUUUGCUUUUGCUUUAAUAAGGAAGAGAAACUCUUCUUUUGACAAAACUACUGAUGAAGUUCUUGGAGAGGACAUGUUAAUUAAGUACCGGGGAACUUGUGCUGCAUGUCAAGACACAUCUGUCACAGUGCCUGCUUAGGGGUGUGAGGUGCUGUUUCCCACCACCCUUACCUGGUUUUGUCUUUACGUUUUGAGAUCUGCCAGGCAUGUGUUGUCUUCUGUUAACAUGGUACAGCUCUCCACAUCUUGUGACUGAUGCUAAAAAAAUAUACGUAAAUGGGGAAUGCUUGUCAUUUUUAUGAAAACAAUAUGUUAGAGCACUCUAUGGAAUAUGCUGCUACUUUAAGAAAUGGACACUUAAAUAUGUAAGUAUUUUUUAUUGCACUUUGUUUUUA